AUGGCUUCACUAGCUUUGUUAUACUGCUUCAGUAAUCAUUGUUAUAUUGAACUUACAAAAGACGACGGUUCGAAAUCAGACGUUUUGUCUAUACGCUCUAUACGCCUUUUAGGUUUGGUUGAAAAAAUACUGCUAAUCACAUGUUCAGUAAGCUCUAAACGUGUCUUUGAAGCUGAAGACGUUUACAAUUGCAGAUCGGUACUAUUUUGA